AUGCCUCUAGUCUCAGAUGAUCCCUCUUGGUGGCCGAUCAUUAAUGCAAGCAUUGUUUCCAGUUAUUUUAUAGUGGCCGCCUCUGUUGGUGUGGGGUACGAUUGGGCACUGACAUUAGCACAAGAGAUCGAAUUGAUCUGGAGGCAACGUUGGUCCCUGAUGACUGCCUUGUAUCUAUGUCUGCGAUAUGUUGGACUAGUAUAUGCCCCUCAGCAUACUGGCUCAAGUCCCGACAAUCUCGUUGACAGACACAGUGAGAAUUUUGCACCGAUGCCUGCCAUUUCUGUAUAUUCAGCUGCACCCUCAUGUAGGGGUUAUAUUUACUUUGUCACGUUAAGUUGGAUCACUUUUGUUUCGACUGCAAUGCUAGGCGUCAUCAUGAUCGUUCGUUUAUAUGCCAUGUAUCAGCAAUCCAGAAAGGUGCUGAUACCUCUCGUUGUCACCUUCCUGGCUCUCAGCAUCAUCAAUGUGACGACAUCCGGAAAAGCAACUAAGAAUAGUUCGGCGAUGGUUCUCAUUCUCUCCGGUAGCUACGUGUGCUCCCCUAGCUUUAAUGGAAAUGGCGUACUUCUGGUUGACCUCACUUGGAUAAUCGGCAUCGCAUGGGAAGUCUUUGUACUGUCUCUCGCAAUCUGGAUUGCUGUAAUACACAUUCGCGAACUGUCACGAUCAUCAGCAAGAGGGAUUCUCGGGGACUGUUUCACGGUGCUCAUAAAAACACACGUGGUUUACUUUACGGGUUUCGUUGCUGUGUCUUGCUUCCAGAUCGGUUAUUUAUCUCCGGUGCUGUCAACGAACCCAUUUUCUUUGGAGACUCAGAUAUAUCUUGGCUUUUCUCAAAUUCUCACGCUCGUACAGAUGGUCGUGCUGGGACCGCGCCUGAUCCUCGGUGUUCGAGAAUUUAACGCUAGGCUCGUGGCCGACUCUGAUGCAGGAAUGGUUAUGACUUCAAUCGCUUUCCAAGAGCGCGUGCAUAUAACAACUGGCAGUGGUGUUUAGCCGGGAAAAUGCUCAAGGUGAUUGACACUUGUCGGAUUACUCGGCAAGGAGCGGGACAAUUUGCUUUUUGUUUUCAAGUUUUGUCGUCGUAGUUAUUUGGUGUCGUGAAGUAGAUUCAUAAGAGAAAUACAAAACGAUGAAAAAAG